UAUUGUUUUGAUUCCAUCGUGGCUCCGUAGUCCAUACCCAAUCCAUAUAUCUCUCAAUUUUCCGAAGUAUUACUAAACCCCCAAAACUGUAUGUAUGACCACAGAACUAGAGAUAAAUGGAGGGAGAAGGCACAAGAGAAAACACCUGCUUCAUAUACAGCAGUAUCAUUUAUUUAUAUUUUCUUCUGUAGGAAUUUCAGUUUCUACGCACAUCAAAAAUAUUAAAUAUACAGUUAUACGCAUACAUUGCCUCGCUUUGUCGUACUGUCAUUGCAGAAGAUGUUGAUCGGAAGAAGUUUUACUGGUAUAGGGGUGGGGGUAUUUUCGUACAUAUUUUUUCUUCUGCUGAUGAUUGUAAAAAUGUGUCCCUUUGACGUCGAAAGUUUUUUUAUACGGAGUAUAUGGUUUUGUAAUAUUUUUUUGUAAAAAAAUUGGGGAAGGGAAUCAGGAAACAACAUGAUUUUUUUUCUGAAGGCUUUAAAGGGUGGAACAUGAAAAUGUAAUUGAAAUCACCCUCGAUUAAGCCAGCUGACAUGACAAUUUUAUAUUGCACAAACAAACUCUCCUCUAAGAUCAUCUUGUUCUAAUCCAAAAAAAAAAACUUGUGAUUGCCUUCUCGUAUGGUCGGAUGAGUGAGAUUUUGUUUAAAUAUUUGUUGUUCUGCCAAUAACUUCUUAAUUACCCAUCAGUACCAGUCAACAAAGAGAAGUUCUUCCUGUUUUCAUAGCCUUUUUUCAAGAUUUUCCAUGAUCUUGUUGACUGAUUUAUCAAUUUUUGUUAUGAAGGCCUGGGUUUUCUUCAUGUUUACUUGAUUCAGCAUCUGGGACGUGUUUAAAACUUAGUGGUUGAUUUUCCAUAGAAGCUGAUUUUAGAAUGGUGACGCAUUUUGCAGAUACAUACUGGUGUUUAAUAUUGAUUGAUAUGAUGGCUGGAUAGGCGUAUUCUAGUUCUAUUUAAGAGCCCCUAGUCGUCGCCGAUUGAACUAUAGCUGGCUACACCCCUUCAUUUCUGUGGUGGGUUGGAGCUAUGCAGGUUUGACAUAGAGCAAUGCAAAUUGAAUGAUGUGGUAGAGCCUAUUUUAUUGCAGUGGGUUAAGGCAAGGCUGUUAGGAGAGUAAUUUGAGGAAAAAUAUAUCACAUAUAUGGGUUUGCCUAAAGUAGCCUCCAAUAAUUAUGCAGAAGAAGUUGGCUCAUCUUUGAGCACACAUACACAAACACCCGCUAGAUUUGUAGCUGCUAGCAGCUGCGAUAUGAGUGGGAUGAUCAUCGGUCAACUAAACAGCCGAACACCCCCAACUGAUUUUUCUGGCGCUGCAUCAAGGGAGGUCAUAAAGCAUCCCGAUGUUCCCAGUAUUCGUAAAGAUGGUAUAAUUAGCAUGCAUAACUUGAGGAUUGGUUCUGCUGAAAAGGAUAGUCUCUUAGUUCGCAAUGUUGGAAGGGAACUUCACAACCCUGCUUCAAGGAUUGUUGGUUUUGAGUCAACAACUUCUAUCAAACCAGUCAGUUUGCACAGAGAAAACUCAUCAGAUGGUAUUAAUCCAUCUGCCAGGCUGGGCAUCACCAACAGAAUUCCAGAGACCAGCAGUUCUGCAGUUAGGAAACGAUUAUUGUCACCUUUGAAUGACAUGGUUCUUUCUGAUCACUUUAUUGGUGAGUCUUUAGAUAUUGGCGGUAGCACUAGCUUUGCGUGUACGUCUUAUAUAAAUAAUGACACCCAUAGCAUUUCCUUACAAGAGCACAAGAAAGCAAAUAUGAGGAGCUCAAACAACUUUGAAGUUUGGUCUACACCAUAUGCAUCAGGAAGAAAUAGCCCUCCAGCUGAAUAUUUUAAGACGAACUCCUUUAUGAUUACAGAUGGCCCCUUGUUUGAUGAUGAACAGCCACUCUCUAAGACUCUCUUUACCCCUGCCUCACUAAACUUCCAUGGAGGAAUGCCCAAAGUUUCGAUCCAAGAUGGAGGGAUAGACAUGAAGAAUACAAUUUCAUACUCUCCACCAAUGUCUCUAUCACCUCUUGGACCUAAUAGCUGUAGGAGAAUAAGAGAUUCCAAAUGGCAUAGGCAUGAGUGGAUGGAGUAUGAUGUUAAAGAGUCACUUGACAGGACUUUAUUAGAUACAUUGUCUUCUGAGAAAGAAGAUAAGUCCAGAAUGGGAAUCAAAAUAGAUUUAGAUGUUGAAGACUUUCCAAUGAACUUUGAGCAAUUUACUAUUGAUGGUAUGAAUACUAUGAGAGGAAAUUGUAGACCAAGUCCCAUCCAAACAAGUCAGCGUGCCAGGUUAGGUAGAUCACUAAGUGGACUCACUGUAAGAAGGUCAUUAGUUGGUUCAUUUGAGGAGUCAUUAUUUUCUGGACGUUUGGCACCAGAAACUGUUAGCCAGAAGAUUGAGGGCUUUCUUGCUGUUCUUAGUAUCUCUGGAGGGAAUUUCUCUCCACAUCCAAAAAAGCUUCCUUUUUCAGUAACAAGUGUGGAUGGUGGAAACUAUUUGGUAUAUUACUCAUCCAUACAUCUUGGAGGACAUUUAUCUACUACUGAGGGUAAAGUAUCUAAAAUGAAGAGAAGCCUUGGAAUUAAUGACUCUCAGAAGAAUUGUGGCCGUUUGCGUAUACCUAUGAAAGGGCGUAUUCAACUGGUUCUCAGCAAUCCGGAAAGGACUCCCAUUCAUACAUUUUUCUGUAACUAUGAUUUGACUGAAAUGCCAGCUGGCACCAAGACAUUUCUGCGGCAAAAGGUAACUUUGGACAUAGACAAAGGCAGCCAUAAGGAUGCUAAGGGAAAAAAUGAUGGAAGGCAACCACCACUUAUGAAGGAUGAAGAUUCUUUACAUUCUAGUGAUGGACAUGUACUACCAGAUUCUAAAAAAUCGAACCAGUCUAGUAGUGUUGUGAUGGAUGGCAUUGGUUGGCCUUUUGCUGGAACAGGCUGCAAAUCUGCUGAUUGUCCUUCAAAGGCAAAAGAUAAUACUACUGGUACUGGUGUCCUGCGCUAUGCUCUCCAUAUACGGUUCUUGUGUCCUUACUUGAAGAGGAGCUCUAAAACAGUUCUGAGGUGCAAAUCUGACCCUUCAUAUGUACCCACAAGAAACAACGCCGAUAUUGAAGGGGAUAGACGUUUCUACUUGUACAACGACAUGAGAGUCGUGUUUCCUCAACGUCAUUCAGAUGCCGAUGAAGGCAAGCUACACGUGGAAUAUCAGUACCCGUCUGAUCCGAAGUAUUUUGACAUCGGUGAAUGAAGGUGCUGCUCUACUUGUUGCCACACAUAAAAGGAGAGAUCAAAUUGAGUGCAAGGAGGUGCACAUCAUCUGAUUAACCAACUAUUUUCUUGUACAUAUCUAUUUCAUGUAGUUCCUACUUAUGUACUUGAUAGGGGGCCCAACCCCAUUUCACCUGUAAAUUGGUUUCAAUAAAUUCACCUCUUAGAAGUUGCACAUAUGUCCUUAUUGUUAUUGUGGAAUGUGGAGCAAAGGUUCUACUAAGCCAGAAUUGCCAAUAAACAAAAGUAAUUCAAGUUUCACACCUAUGAGAACAAAUUAGUCUGAACCCACUUCAGAAUGA